AUGGAAGAAGCAAAAAAAAAUUACACAAACUAUGCCAUUAGAUGUGUAUAUGUUGUGCGCAUAAGAACAUCUAAAAAAGAUAACAACAACAAUGUCAACUACUUGAGAUUAGUUUGCUCAAGGGAAGGGAAAUAUGUCUCUUCAAUCAAGCCUGAGGUGAAAACACUUCCUAGCCAAACCAACCAAUGUCCAACUGGCAUAACCAUUGCAAGGAAGGAUGAUAAAUGGUUUAUAAGGACCGUUGUCCUAGACCACAGUCAUGAUCUAUGCCCAAAAACCUCCAAGCUAAUUCCUGGCAAUAGGAAAUUGAGCAUGCAAGCUAAACGCACAUUGGAGGUCAAUGAUGAUGCUGGAGUCCGGAUUAAUAAGAGUUUCCUUAGCAUUAUGAGCGAUGCAGGUGGAUUUGAAAAUAUGGACUUCAUAGAGCGAGAUGCGCGAAACUACAUUGGCCAAUACAUAAGAUCUUUAUGUAAGGAUGGUGAUGGACAAGCCCUCCUACGACACUUUCCAUCAAUGAAAGAUUUCAAUAACGAUUUCUUUUAUGAAAUUGUAUUGUAUGAAGGCAAUACAAUUUGUAGUGUCUUUUGGGCAGAUGCAAGAACUCGAGACGCCUGUGAAGAAUUUGGUGAUGUGGUGUCUUUCAACACCACUUACUUAACAAAUAAGUAUGACAUGCCAUUUGCGCCUUUCGUCAGAGUUAACCAUCAUGUUGAUCGUGAAACAAAGAAACGAAGGCCAUCUUCUUCUCGUGAUGGACGUCGUCGCCAACGCAAUCCAACACCAUCCCCACCAUCAUCCCCACCACCACCAAACAAUGAACUUUUCUCCUCUGAUGAACAAUAUGAGAAAUUUGCAAACCAUUUUUUCAAUUGUGAAAUAUUGGAAAGCAAAUAUCUCGAAGAUGCUUACUUUGAAGGAAGAAAUUUUCAAUUCUACGACAUAUUGUCUGAGGCUGGGCUGACGAAAUUUGUGUCCUUAAAUAGAGAUUUCUAG